AUGUUCCCCACCCGCUCCGCCGAAGGCGACCGCCAAACCCUCCCGCCCAUUUCGGCCCUCUCGUCCCACGAGGGCUCGCCGCAUCCUAGAUCCACCACCCCGUCCAGCCGCGCUCCUCUGCGACCACCCUCUGUGAUGGACCACCGACGCUCUCCACCUGCUGGACCUCUCCCUCGCUUGCCGCCCGCCCGCGACAUGGAGCCUGUCCGCUCCGGCCCUUACCCUCGCGGCGACGAACCCUACGGCCCUCCUUCCUCCAAGUUCGCGCACAGCGGUCCGUACGAGCGCAACUCACCCCCCACUGACGAGGCUUGGCGCACGCACGACCGUUUCCCGCCCGCCAAAGAAUAUAGUCCGCGCAUGCCACCUUGGCAGCGAUCGGGCGAGCGAAUGCCUGCGCCGCCAGCCGCAGGGAUGCGCGAUGAAGGAGCGUGGAGGUCUGCGCCUCCCCCUGGCCAUCCGGAGUACGCACGCGAGCGAGCGAUGGAGGAGCAGCAGCGGUGGCGCGAGGACCAGCGAGCCCGUCCGCCAGCGUAUGGAUACGAGAAUGGGCCUGGCUUCGGACCUGGCCCGCAUUAUGCGCAAGGUCGACCCAUGGAGGAUCUCGCGGAGGACGCACGUCGUGUCCGCCCUCGUACCGGCGAGGACGAUGCAAGGUAUUCCGCCGCUCGACCGUAUGGACCUGGCCCUUACAGCCCGCCCGAGCCACGUCGUCACAGUGCCGCACCCGGUCAAGCUCCGAUGCGCAUGAUGGCGGGCAUGGAGCCUCCCCGCCCCAACACUGCAGCCGGCACCUCGGUCGCACCGGCGCCCGCCCCACCCACCACCGUCAACGCCAACCGUCGAGUCGCCCAUCUCCUGUCGGAGCAGAAGCGUCGCGAAAGCAUCAACACCGGGUUUGAAGAUCUGCGCCAGGCCAUUCCUGCCUGCCGCGACGGGCAGGAUAGCAAAGCGACCAUCCUCAAGCGCGCCCUGGAGUACAUUCGCGAGCUGGAGGGCGUCGUAGACCGACAGCACAGAAUGCCCAUGGAGAGCCACCCGAUCAGCUAUGGCAACCACCGCAGUCCGCCUGAUGACAAGGACGACCUCAGGCGCUUUGGCCGACCGGGUGGGGACGAAGAGCGACGUGGUGCAGGGCAAAUGGCUGGCGGCAGCGGGAGCAGCAGCAGCAGCGAGGCGGGCAACGGCCCGAGGGUCGGUGGUCUGCCGUCGAACGCGUUUGGCAAGGGUAUCGCUCAAGGUUUCACUCAUGCUUCAGCGCCGCAACACAUGAGGGAGUACCGUCCGUAUUCGCCACACGCCCACCCAGCGCACCCACCGCCUACAGAGGCGAGCAGAGUCAACGGUGCUUCUCCCGGCGUCAAGCGCUGGGCUGAGGACUCCGACGAAGACGACCGCUCGCCUGCUCGCCGCAGAGUGUCCGACGGCGACAAGGACGAGGCGUCGCAACGCUCGUCCGCCGGUCCCUACUACUUUGCUGUUCCCCCUCCUCCCAUUGCCACCCACGCCCGAUCGCCACUCGCCCACUCGCAGACGAUGCUGGAUCAGCCGCGCGCCGACUGGCACCCGCGUAUGGAAGGCAGGCCGCUGGUCGACUCUGCGGUCCGUGUCUAG